AUCGGUUGCCCUGGGAAGCUAUGGGAACCGCGACAUACCAAUCUUAAAGGAAGAUCGACGGUUCAAUGAAAACCCUGGUCAAAGAUGGCCAUUUAUGAAGUCUUUUCGCACCCCUCGCUAAUCCGGUACAAGACGAGCAUUUGCACUAAAGCAACGCUGUUUAUGCUGAUAGUUUUGGCGCUCACGUACAUCCCUCCACUUUUGGUUGCCUACAGGAGCCACGGGUUUUGGUUAAAGAUUAAUACCUAUGAAGAGCAGCCAAAUGUUAGAUUCCAGUACCAAGUUUUAUUGAUCGCUGGAACCAGCACAAGUGGUGACUUUGUGGCAUGGAGUACAUUUGAGAAUUUCAAUAAUCUACAAGGGGACCAUCUUCGAAUUCCAUUAGUGACUGCCUUGGAGGAAGACAAAAACCGAGAUGGGAAGAUGGAUCUUCUGAACUUCCGCCUAGAGCUUCCACUCCAAUCAUCAGAGCAUGUGUACAGUGUGCAACUUCUUUUGACUUUUUCAUACCAGCUUUUUAGGAUGUCGACAUUCAUUAUGCAGAGUAUGGCAUAUGUCCACUUCUCAUCUCCUGUAUCUGGGUCUCAGCUUUCUGUGAUUGGUGACUUGAAGCUACAUCAACGAGAGCCACUUAAACACAGAGGACUUGACACACGCUACAAUCUUUCGGUAGUUAGUGGCGACAGCAAAUUUGCAAGUUCCUUCGACCUGGCGGAUAUCACUGCAUCAUAUCAAGAUAGAAAUGUAACAACUGUUUUUGCCAAUCAGUACUCUGUGUGGACACCAGUUAGAGCUGCUGAUGCGCCAUUUAUUAUUAAGGCUGUCGUCAAAUAUCCAGUGGAAAUGAUCACUUAUCGACCUGGUUUCUGGGAAUUGAUUAAGACUGCUUGGAUCCAGUAUGUCAGCAUUCUUCUUCUCUUCUUGUGGGUCUUUGAAAAGAUCAAGAUAUUUGUCUUUGAAAAUCAUGUAUUAACUACAAUAAUGAUACCACCAUAUAAGCAGCACCAGUCGUAA